CGGCCGUCACCGCGGGGCCUUGCAGGUAGUCGGCGGCGUUCGGCCCGGCUUGAAUUUCGAUCUCAGAUCCUCUCGGGCCUGUUUAACGCCGCGUCGGGGUUGCGGAAGCGCCUGACCCAAAGCGAAACCGGAAGCCCCGCCGCGGUGAUUUGACCCUUCCCGGAUUGGCGGGAGAGCUGAGCAUUCCCCUCCUCUAGCUGUCCAUGGCUGGCAGGGCCCGCAGAGAGGCGGUGCAGGCCGCGGCCCGGGAGCUCCUCAAGUUUGUAAACCGGAGCCCCUCUCCUUACCACGUCGUGGCCGAGUGCCGCAGCCGCCUCCUCCAGGCUGGCUUCCACGAGCUCAAGGAGACGGAGAGCUGGGAUAUCAAGCCGGAAAGCAAGUACUUCCUCACCAGGAACUCUUCCACCAUCAUCGCUUUUGCUGUGGGGGGCCAGUAUGUUCCCGGCAAUGGCUUCAGCCUCAUCGGGGCCCACACGGACAGCCCGUGCCUCCGGGUGAAGCGUCGCUCUCGCCGCAGCCAGGUGGGCUACCAUCAGGUCGGCGUGGAGACCUACGGUGGAGGGAUCUGGAGCACCUGGUUUGACCGUGACCUGACCUUGGCUGGGCGCGUCAUCGUCAAGUGCCCUUCCUCAGGGCGGCUGGAGCAGCGGCUGGUGCACGUGGAGCGGCCCAUUCUGCGCAUCCCACAUCUGGCCAUCCACCUGCAGCGAAAUGUCAACGAGAACUUCGGGCCCAACACGGAGACACACCUUGUCCCUAUCCUUGCCACAGCAGUCCAGGAGGAACUAGAGAAGGGAACUCCUGAGCCAGGGCCUCCCAGUGCUACCGACGAGAGGCACCACCCAGUCCUCAUGUCCCUGCUUUGCGCCCAUCUGGGCCUGAGCCCUGAGGAGAUCUUGGAGAUGGAGCUGUGCCUGGCAGACACGCAGCCGGCGGUGCUGGGUGGAGCCUAUGAUGAAUUCAUCUUUGCCCCUCGGCUGGAUAAUCUGCAUAGCUGCUUCUGUGCCCUGCAGGCCUUGAUCGACUCCUGUGCGACCCCUACCUCACUGGCUAAGGAGCCACACGUGCGCAUGAUCACACUCUAUGACAACGAAGAGGUGGGGUCCGAGAGUGCCCAGGGCGCCCAGUCGCUGCUGACGGAGCUGGUGCUGCGCCGGAUCUCUGCCUCGUCACAGCACGUGACAGCCUUUGAGGAAGCCAUCCCCAAAUCCUUCAUGAUCAGCGCUGACAUGGCCCACGCCGUGCACCCCAAUUAUGUGGACAAGCACGAGGAGAACCACCGGCCCCUAUUCCACAAGGGCCCUGUGAUCAAGGUGAACAGCAAGCAACGCUAUGCCUCCAACGCCAUUUCCGAAGCCCUGAUCCGAGAGGUGGCCAGCCAUGUCGGGGUGCCCCUGCAGGACCUCAUGGUCAGGAACGACUCCCCCUGUGGUACCACCAUAGGACCCAUCUUGGCUUCGAGGCUGGGGCUACGGGUGCUGGACUUGGGCAGCCCCCAGCUGGCCAUGCACUCCAUCCGGGAGACGGCCUGCACCACGGGAGUGCUCCAGACCCUCACCCUCUUCAAGGGCUUCUUUGAGCUGUUUCCUUCUCUGAGCCGUAAACUCAUGGUGGACUGAGGCCUUGUGGGAAGACUGCUCCCCCAUUCCUGGGCUCCCGGACCCAGGAGGAGCUCAGCCGAGCUGAAGCUGGAUGAUUAAAGAAGGUUUUGCACUCA